GUGAUGGAUUUUUGUUUUUGGUUAAUUUCAUUUCUGUGUGACUGUACAUUUUUGUUUGGCUGUAUGUGUGUGUAUGGCCAGACAAUGGUGUACAUGUAUAUAAAAAAUGAGUCCAACAACAGAAACGUGAUAAUAGAGUCAAUGGUAAUUUGCUUAACCUUGGGAAGGAGAAGCUGAGAAUGGUAAUACAAGAUACUUAUGAUUUGUGUAUCCAGCAUAAUGCAGAAUCUUUCUUCUCUGCCUCUUAAGGAUCGUGUUUGCUAAUCUGAAGGUUAAUUGAUGGUUGUCCAUGUUCUGUCAGGGCAGUGUGCUCAGGCUGCAUCCAGGACUAUUUCUGCCUUUAUCUUCCUGUGUUCAUGUCUUUGACUGUAUGUGGCUGUUGGUGUUCUGUCUCCUCGGUUAAAAAAGGAACUUAGUAUUAUUAUUAACUUUGUAAUAUUAAUAGUUAUGUUGAAUUUCUUUUCCCCUUUAAGAGAGUGUUUGUCAGCAUAAGAGCUGCCUAAAUCCUUCUGAGUACAGAACUGCUGUCAUUCAAAUAGCUUCUGUUUCUGACUUUCUUUUUCCUUGGUAGAAGCAGAGUCUAGCUGCCCAUGAAGAGAGAGUAUCUUCUUUUGCUGUAAAGAUGGAAAGAUGAAACUGCCUCAACGCAAGGCAAAGUCGUGCAUUUGUCAUAUGUGUGGUGCCCACCUGAACAGACUCCACUCUUGCCUCUACUGUGUCUUCUUUGGCUGUUUUACAAAGAAACAUAUUCACGAGCACGCAAAGACAAAGCGACACAAUUUAGCCAUAGACCUUUUGUAUGGGGGUAUAUACUGCUUUAUGUGUCAAGAUUACAUAUACGACAAAGACAUGGAACAAAUUGCCAAAGAAGAACAACGAAAAGCUUGGAAAUUACAAGCCUUCACCCCAACAGUGGUUUCUCACUACCAGUGUACAAUGACAGGCAUUGGAGAGAAGUAUUCAACAUGGGAGCCAACCAAACGAGAGUUAGAAUUGCUACGACACAACCCCAAGCGGAGAAAAAUAACCACAAACUGCACCAUAGGUCUACGAGGGCUAAUCAAUCUUGGGAACACAUGUUUUAUGAACUGUAUUGUCCAGGCACUUACCCACACUCCACUGCUGCGAGAUUUCUUCCUCUCCGACAGGCACAAAUGUGAAAUGCAAAGCCCCAGCUCAUGUCUGGUCUGUGAAAUGUCUACGCUUUUUCAGGAGUUUUACUCUGGGCACCGAUCUCCUCACAUUCCAUAUAGGUUAUUGCACCUGGUAUGGACUCAUGCACGGCAUUUAGCAGGGUACGAGCAACAAGAUGCACACGAGUUCCUCAUUGCUGCAUUAGAUGUGCUACACAGACACUGCAAAGGUGAUGAUAAUGGGAAGAAGGCCAACAACCCCAACCACUGUAACUGCAUCAUAGACCAAAUCUUCACAGGCGGACUACAGUCUGAUGUUACCUGUCAAGUCUGCCAUGGCGUUUCCACAACGAUAGACCCAUUUUGGGACAUCAGUUUGGAUUUGCCAGGCUCCUCCACCCCGUUCUGGCCUCUGAGUCCAGGGAGUGAUGGCAGUGUCGUAAAUGGGGAAAGCCAUGUAUCAGGCACCACCACUCUCACAGACUGCUUGCGAAGGUUUACAAGGCCAGAACAUCUAGGAAGCAGUGCCAAAAUCAAAUGUAGUGGUUGCCAUAGCUACCAGGAAUCUACCAAACAACUCACUAUGAAGAAAUUACCCAUUGUGGCCUGUUUUCAUCUCAAACGGUUUGAACACUCAGCCAAACUGAGGCGAAAGAUCACUACGUAUGUCUCAUUUCCACUGGAGCUGGACAUGACACCAUUCAUGGCUUCCAGUAAAGAGAGCAGAAUGAACGGGCAAUACCAGCAGCCGACGGAUAGUCUAAACAAUGAUAAUAAGUAUUCCUUGUUUGCAGUAGUUAAUCACCAGGGAACCUUGGAGAGUGGGCACUAUACCAGCUUCAUCCGGCAGCACAAGGACCAGUGGUUCAAGUGUGAUGAUGCCAUUAUCACCAAGGCUAGCAUUAAGGAUGUACUAGACAGUGAAGGAUAUUUGCUGUUCUAUCACAAACAGUUCCUGGAGUAUGAAUAGCCUUAUCCAGCAGCUUGUCAGAUAUAAACAAGGAAGAAAAUAAGCAAGCCUUCUGAAUCGACACACAAACCUACCUGAAAUAAAAAGACCCAUUAAAAAACAACUAGCACUGAGCUGUAACAGGACCUACUUGACACUGGCUCCAAGCCUGGCAGAGUGAGAAAUGAACAAUGUCCAACGUGUAUGCGGUCCCGCAAGGACAGAAAGGGGAAAAAAGGAGGCUGCAGUCAGUCACUUAUCAGAGGAAAUACACAAUGAAAGGAAUGCUCUGGGUGGGGGAAAUGGGAGCAGAGGAGUCCGGGCACUGGUACAUCUCCUAUGUUCCUCCAAAACGUGUGUGGGAAGGCAAGGGGGUGUAUUCUCAUCUCCAUAAAGCAUCUUCUCCAUUGGUGCUUCAGCUCCAACGACCAAUCAUAUAACAGUUAAAAUUUAAAAAAAAAAAAAAAAAAUUAAAAAAAAAUAAAAUAAAAUCCAAGCCCAUUUUUUUAUGCAUCUGGAUCUGAAAGCAGUAGAGUGGAGGAGGAGGGAAUGACACAACUAAAGGACUUGGCGAGUAUCUUUUUAUUUGUGAAUUUUAGUUAUUAAAUAAAUACAGUAUGAAACUAUUAGGCUCUUUUAUUGCCCCCCCCCUUCCACCAACAAAAGAAAUCCUGACUUGUGGAACUGAAGCUGCAGUACAGACAGGUUUCCAGGCACGCCUGCGUGCACAGGUAACGCUCAAUGCCACCGGGCUGCUCACCCAGAGCAUCAGCACAGAUCCGGUCCUGGUUGAGCCCUUUUUGUUUUCUUUUCUUUUCUAUAAAUAGCUAUUUUCUUAAUAUUUUUUUUCCUUUUAUUCCCUUUUUUUUUUUUGUUGUUGUUGUUGUUGUUGUUUUUUCAUGAGAAUGAACUUCAUAACUGCAACCAUCAGUAAAAAUGACUGAAUUGCCGUGUUGAUACUGUU